AUGGUUUACGACGUAACCCGGCGAGAAACAUUUACAGAUCUAUCUGAAGUAUGGGCAAAAGAAAUUGACCUUUAUUCCACAAAUCAAGACUGCAUGAAGAUGCUUGUUGGAAACAAAGUAGAUAAGGAGGAGGAUAGAGUCGUGUCAAAGAAAGAAGGAAUAGACUUUGCUAGGGAAUAUGGUUGCUUAUUUACCGAAUGCAGUGCUAAAACUCGAACAAAUGUGCAGCAAUGCUUUGAAGAGCUUGUUUUGAAGAUUCUUGAUACACCUAGCCUCGUAGCCGAAGGAUCUAAGGGGGUAAAAAAGAACAUUUUUAAGGACAACAUACCCCAAUCUGAUGCAUCCACAAGUGGCUGUUGCUGA